AUGGACUGGAUCCAAGAAUAUCUAGACAUUAAUGACAAGACGCUCAAGAAGAUUUUCACCAAAUGUCCUUCCAUCGUGGGUCAAAAUCUCACAACACUAGAGGGGAAAAUGAAGUACUACCAAGAAACAUUGGGUUGGAGUAUCAAGGACGUUGCAACAGUCAUGACUACUUCUCGCAUUAUUACUUUAUCUACUGAAUUCAACAUUGAGCCAAAACGACAGUGGUUAAGCAAUACUUUCAAUGCUACCAAAAAUGACAUCUCCAAACUCAUCAAGAAGAACCCAGGACUGCUUAGUGCUAACGUUGAUGACAUGGUUGACAGAUUGGAAUUCCUCCAGGACCAGUUGGAACUCCAUUCUUCAGAAGCCAAACAAAAGCUUGUGUGGAAGGUUCCAUGUGCCUUGGCCUUGACAAAGGACACAUUGAAUAGCAAGGUUACGUGGUUCCAAUCAUCUUCCCUUGGCCUGACAAAAAGGGAGAUGGCCAAAGCAAUCAGAAGUCGACCUACAUUGCUUACCAGUAGCAUUGAAAUGAAUUUGGAACCUUCACUGAAGUGGCUCAAUGAUCGCUUUGGCCAAGCAGCAGCAAGAAAGAUGAUUAUGAGUAAUCCUCCGAUUUUGGGAUACAGCAUCUCAGAGAAAAUUGAGCCACGGCUGGACUACCUCGAGGGCACAUUCGGACUCAAUGAUACUGAGCUCUCCAUUAUGGUGUGCAAGCUUCCAUCUAUACUGGGCCUCAACCAAGCAAGCCUAGAGGAAAAGUUACAGUUUUACGCAACAUGUGUGGGAUCAAGGCCGGAGACACUUGAAUUUAUCAGCAGAAAUCCACGUUUACUGAGUGCUAGCCUUGACAAGAGGUUGAUUCCAAGGUGGGAACAAGUAUUGGAGUUUAAGCUGCCAGAACGAGGGUUCAGAGUACCCAUGUUGACUAUGGCAUGUUAUCCAUCAGCUCAAUGGGAAAAGUAUUUGGCACGAAGAAAGAUGCUAAUAUUGGAAAGUCAACAAACUCUAAAGUAA